ACAGUAGAUGGAUUUCGCCGGUUUCUUUACACGUUAUACGGCGCUAGUGUCGCAAGCUGCUGAGUGGAUGACAAGUGAAAAUUGAAAUCUGGGGUAUUCAUUGACUACAAAACGAAACAUUCGUUAGCAGCGUCGGUGAUACUCAUAACAUGUCCAUCUUAUCGUACAAUGGUGGCUGCGUCCUCGCAAUGAAAGGCAAGGGUUGCGUGGCGAUAGCUUCUGAUCGCCGUUUUGGAGUCCAAACUUCAACACUUGCUAUGGACUUUCAGAGAAUUUUUGAAAUGGGACCUCAUCUUUACAUUGGACUUCCUGGCUUGGCAACAGACACCUUAACUGUCCAUGAACGGCUACGAUUCCGUCUAAACCUGUAUGAGCUUAGAGAGAGCCGUAAAAUUAAGCCACAAACCUUCUCUGCUAUGGUGUCUAAUCUUUUAUAUGAGAGACGAUUUGGACCAUACUUUGUAGAGCCUGUGAUUGCUGGAUUGGACCCUAUUACGUGGGAGCCUUUUAUUUCUGCCAUGGAUCUUAUUGGCUGCCCUAAUGUUCCUGAAGAUUUUGUUGUUGCUGGAACCUGUGCAGAGCAACUUUUUGGAAUGUGUGAAGCUUUAUGGGAGCCUAAUCUAGAACCAGAGGAUCUGUUUGAAACCAUCAGCCAGGCUUUGAUGAAUGCAUUUGACAGAGAUGCCAUUUCUGGAUGGGGUGGUAUUGUUCAUGUCAUUGAAAAGGACAAAGUAACAACUAGGCUACUCAAAACCCGGAUGGAUUGAAAUUAUUUCUUACACGUGUUCUGUGUAUUUCUGAACUGAUUAUUACACCAUUUAAAAAAAUUUCCACUCCAGUUAUAAUGUGUAUUGUU